GGUCGGGGUUUUGCCUGACUUUAUUGCACUUUAAAAACCCUUUUGGUGAGAUGCCUAGCACUCACUUCAGGCCUCGGUUUAGAAAAGUGAAGGCUGUGAUGAUAGCAGCUCAGCUGACCUUGUUACGGUAAGUGGAGUGAAAUCAUGUUUGUGCUCUGGCAGGAUGGGGAGAAGCUGUGGCUGCCCCAUCCCUGGAGGUGUUAAGGCCAGGCUGGAUGGGGCUUGGAGCAAUCUGAUCCAGUGAGAGGUAUCCCUGCCCGUGGCAGGGAGUUAGAACUGGAUGGGCUUUGAGGUCCCUUCUGACCCAAAUUGUUCUGAUUCCAUGGCUGCUGGUGUGGUGGGUGUGUGUCUGCCACUGCUCCUACCUUGCCGUGCUCACCACAUUGUAGGGUGCCAGAGUGAUGAUCCAUCAGAUAACGCACUUGAGGUGAUUCAGCAGAUAACAUGGCCAUACACCCGCCUGGGCUCCUGACCUGGUGCUGAGCAAGUAUUGGUUUCCUUUUAGGUAGUCCUUCAAGGAUCAGGGAGCUGGACACAAAGAUCUGUAUGGAUUCCUUUCCAAUUUCAGAUAUUCUGUAGUUGCUGUUGGUGUAUGAGGAGACGGCGGCAUCAGCCUGGGCUGUUGGCACAUGUGAAGGGUUUGGCAGCGAGCUGUUUUGGUCAGUGUCUGUGUGCUGGGUUUGCAGCAAAGUCCUGGACCAGGCAGGAGUGUGUGGGUGCCACAGCCUUUCCUGAACUGCCAGGCUCCAACAGCAGCACAGGGUUCACCAGCUGAGGGCUUGGUGGGCUCUGACCAUCUUAUUUAGCCACUCUGAGCUGGUUACUGGGCAGAGUCCUCUCCUGCUUAUCUGGGUUGCAGCUGACUAUUCAACAGCAACAACUCCUUUUGGUUGGAUGAACUGUGCUUUAGGAGUAGAUCCAGUGGAAGGUUUCCCUGCCCAUGGCAGGGGUGUGGAACUGGAUGGGAUUUAGGGGCCCUUCCAACCCAAAUCGUUCUAUGAUUCUAUGAUCUUUCCCUUUGAUGUUUGAGAAGAGCUCUUGGACUAUCACAGGUUGACAUCGCUAUGGUUAAGUGAGAGUGAUUGUGCUACUGAGGCAUAAUUUGUCAGUUGUGUUUGACUGUGGAUUGGAGGAGCCAGAUGGAAUGCCUGUGGCCCUAGGGAUGGCGUACAAGGGUCUUGAAGGACCUGGUGUCUUCCCCGAUCCAGAGUUGGUGGCUGUUAUUUGUAUUGCUGCCUUUGGACAGUGAUGUCCACGUUUGGGUAUGAUAUAAGGCAGAGGAGCUGAUGGAGAACUGGCUUCUGAAUUCUUGGCAGGCCCCGUGCUCUGCCUUCUCCCUCCAUAAACUGAACAAAAGUGGGAAAAGCUCCGAGUUGAAACACAGAAUGCUCUUAAAAAAUGCUGGUAAUAUAAUUUAAUAGCAGACCACUGGGAAAUGGUUUAAAAUAGAUGCUUUAAUUCAAAGCAGCAUUGGUCUGAGUCAGUCGGAUCAGGUGAGUUUCCCCAUCUCCAGCUCUGCUGGCGGUCACUGCAUGUCCGGAUCCAUAAUAUGCUCAAAACCCCAGUGGUCCUUCCACCGCUGUACCUAACAGAACCGUUACCUCGGACACCUCCUUCAGCCGUUUGUCUUUCCCUGCCCUUGUAUAUUUGUUAUCCCCCAGCUCGCAGUGUCUCGCUGCCGACUGCCAUGCACUGGUUUUCUCCAGCUUUCAGGACCACCUGCCAGGUUUUACUCUCUCGCUGGCUUUCCUUCAUGCUUCACAGGUUUUCCUGGUUUCUCCUUAUUUUCAUAGAAUUGUUUGGUUGAAAAAGAUCUUUGAGAUCAUCGAGUCCAAUCGUACCUGUCCACCACUAAACCAUUUCUGACCACCUCCUCUACCCAUCUUUUUAACCCCUCCAGGGAUGGUGACUCAAACACUUCCCUGGGCAGCUGUUCCAGUGCUGGAGAACAGUGUUGAAGAAAUUUUCCUAAUGUCUAAUCUAAACUUUCCUUGAUGCAACUUGAAUCCAUUUCCUCUCGUGCUAUUGUCUGUCACUUGGGAGAAGAGAGAGAAGGCUCUCUGUGCACCCACCAGCACGGGAGAUCCCCUCUGUCCUUGCUUUAUGGCAGGCUGUCUGCUGGUCCUCUCCCCAUUCCUGACCAUGCAGCAAUUGCCUUCCGGAUUUCCUGUCCUCAAGGGAGCCAUGUGCUGGCAGCACCUGCUGAUCCCCAAACCCCCUCACACACUGAAUUUCAGCUCUGUCUGUAAAAUACCAGCAGCUGCCUCGUUAUGGUUGCUCUUAGUGUCUGUUUUGAAAAUAAACCCUUGGUGGUCUCCACUUGUCAAAGCUUCUCGGUGCAGUCACUUGCCAGGCACCUUCCUGCUUCUUGCUCACUUUUGGAACGGAAGCGGAGGCUGCCCUGUUCAUGUCAGGAAUGGCCCCAGGUCUUGUGUUUGGUUCUGGAGUGCUCAGCACAGGAAGGACAUGGAUCUGUUGGAGCGAGUCCAGAGGAGGCCGCAGAGAUGAUCCAAGGGCUGGAGCAUCUGCCGUAUGAGGACAGGCUGAGAGAGUUGGAGCUGUUCAGCCUGGAGAAGAGAAGGCUCCGGGUAGACCUUAGAGCAGCUCCCAGUACUGAAAGGGGCUCCAGGAAAGCUGGGGAGGAGCUCUGGAUCAGGGAGGGCAGGGAUAGGACAAGGGGAACAGUUUUCAGCUGAAAGAGGGGAGAUUGAGAUGAGAUCUUGGAAAGAAAUGUUCUCCUGUGAGAGUGGGGAGGCCCUGGCCCAGGUUGCCCAGAGCAGUGGUGGCUACCCGAUCCCUGGGGGUGUUCAAGGCCAGGUUGGAUGGGGCUCGGAGCAACCGGAUCCAGUGGGAGGUGUCCCUGCCCAUGGCAGGGGGAGGAACUGGAUGGGCUUUUGGGUCCCUUCCAAGCCAAGCUAUUCUAAGAUUCUAACAGGAGUUCUGCAGGAACCGCAGUGAAAAUGGAGUGUUUGUUUCUGUGGGCAGCUGGCUGGGGCGGCGAAAGGCAGUGCGAUUUCACUGCUUGUAUCUGAAUUUGAUUGUGUCUAAUUAGCUGGUUGUGCCCUGGAGCUGGGGAGAGUUGCUUUAAUGACAUGUUUGCAGUGGCAAGGCCAAAUAAAUUUCUGGAAUGUCUUAAUUAGUGACUUGCUGGUGUCUGCCUUGCUGUGUGACCUUGAUUAAACCUCCACCCCUUGCCUAAGACUACCAAGGUCUUGCUAUUUCCAGAACCUUUCAAAGGGAUGUGGUUUAUUUCCUCUUCCUUUUCUGUUAGUGGACAGAAGGGGCAAAAUGUAGGCAACAAACCUGGAUUGGGAAGAGGAAGCAAGACGUAUGAGCUGGUGGAGAUAACCAGGACUGCUAAACUGAUUUUGCAAGACUGCAGUAAUAGAAUCCCAUAAGAUAAGAUAACCCACUGUGAAACCACCACUUGGAAUUUUAACAGCCGGGCCUAAAGGAGGCAGCAUGCCACAGGGUUUCUGCUCUCUGCGAUUAAUUCCUGAACACGAAUGCUGACACGGACAGGAAGGCAGAAUUCUUCCAGUCUUCCCCUUAAACUUGACUUCUCAUCUUCCAGAAAAAUCUGGUGUCCAACUCAGUCCAUUUGGGUAACCUUCACAGCACGCUCUCUCCUUGUUAUUGCUGGCCCGCAGGAUGGCAUCCUGAAUGUGCUGGGGGGCCUUGAAAUCAUUUGCUGAACUGCUAGAAUAGCACAGGGAACGCUCAUCACAGAACAACACCUGCACAGGAGAGGGUCCAGCAGCUCAUUGCCAUCACGCAGCCAGAGGCUGAGACUAAAUUUCCAGAAGCAGCAGAAGUUUGGAAAUUCAGACACAUCCAAUUAUAGAAUCGUUAAGGUUGGAAAAGCCCUCUAUGCUUAUCCAAUCCAACCAUCAGUUCAACCCCACCAUCCCUACUAAACCAUGUCCUGAAGUGCCACAUCUACAUGGUUUUUGAACCCUUCCAAGAAUGAGGAUGCUCAGGCAUUUGCCCUGCAGGGUUCAUGCUCUACUGGGUUUGCUGGCCAGCUUGGGUCCCUCUCCCUGCUCUCCUCUGGCAUCCCAGUGUCCUGGGAGUGCAUAGCAGCAAGUCUGGCUGUGCAGUUUGGCUCUUUGGAGAACCCAGAGCCAUUCCUGGACAUGGAGUGGUGCAGCAUCCAGCCCGGGGCUGAGCCAGAGCAGAUGUGGGUGCUGCCUUGGGAACUGGGGGAGCCAACCCUGCGGCCAGAGCCCGGCACCAGGGAGAUACAAACAGGAAUCUUUUGCAUCCAAAGCAAACAGAAGAGUUCUCAUGGAUUCUCUGCAGGGCGGUGGAUGCUCUGGCAAAUUCCCUUCUCCAUCAGCCUCCAGCUGUAGUGGAGCAGACUUUCCUUAAGUUUAUGAUGAUCGAAGCCCUUUCAAAUGUCAUUUUUUUUUCCUUGUCCCCACCAGAAAUUUUGUGUAUUUCUGUAACCAAAAUUGUUAAAGUUAAAAGGCUUUGGGAAAAGAAGAGAGUAUUCCUGGAUACUGAGGAAUAAUGAUGGUCUAGAAAAGCAAGUUAAGGAAAUGGCUGCCACUUUUUAAUUGCACUGUUUGGAGUGAGGCAGAUAGUGAAGACAAAAGAAAGCUCAUGGCUCUUGGAAAAAACAACUUGUGAAUACUUUUAGUCAUCUUUUUCAGUUUGAUUUCUUCAUCUGAGCCUCUGAAAUCAAGAGGGCAGGACCCCCAGCCCUGCAGGAGGGGCUGCCGGUGGUGGGAGGAAACGCUAGUGGACGAGGUCAGGGAUGGAGGUGAGGGGAGCCAGACUCCUGUGUCUGGCCGCUGCGUGGCGAGCCCAGCUCUGUUUACAGUGUAUCUGUGGUUGAAUUACACCACAUACAGUAAUUCUCAUCGCACUGCCAGUAAUUUCACUGACUUACCAAGCAGGCAUCAUUUCCUGAAAGUCAGCCCGGGUGCUUAGAGGAAGUAGGAGCCCUCUCCUUCAUGACUAAACACUGUAUGCAAAUCUCCCCCGGCGCAGGACAGACGUGCUCUAUGGCUGUCCUUUUCUCCUCCAUUUUCACUCCUUUCUUCUGCCUGUUCUUUCUUCAAACCCCUCGAUGAGCUCUCCUCCUGGCUGUUGCUGCUGAUGCGGUCAUGAAUGAAGACCUUUCUCCAUUCUGUACUGAAAAAUCUCUCCUCACUGCUUCGUCCACCUCCUGCUCCGCUGACAGCAAACUGAAUGCUGGUUUAAAAUGUCCCAAAUGCAGUUCUGGCUGAAGUUCCCAUCUCUCUACAAGGAUUCUUCAUACCUCGAUGAGCUCUCCCACAACAAUUCCCUCUUCUCGUCCCCUGCGGAUUCCCUCUCUGACAUUGCGGAUCCAAAGGACUUCUUGCCUGCUGGUAGUCUGAACCAUGUGCCAACACUAUGGGAUGUAAACACACCGCAGCAGAACCAAAUAGAGCUGUUCUCACCCAGCAGAUCCUUCACGGGCUUAAACAGUUCGAAUGACCAUGUUCCUGCUGUCCCCAACACUCCUCUCCUCAUAAGCUACCAGUCUCAGGCUCCUGCAGAGGAGGAGGAUGAAGGUGAGGAGGAAGAAACGGAAGAGUUGGGGCAAACAGAGACCUACGCAGAAUACUUACCCUCAAAGUCCAAGAUUGGGAAACAUCACCCUGACCUCGUGGUUGAAACAAGCACCCUUUCCAGUGUUCCCCCACCUGACGUCACCUACAGUCUUUCCCUGCCGCGCUCCGUUGCCGACAAAGGGUCACUCUCUGCACUACAGCUGGAAGCAAUCAUUUAUGCCUGCCAGCAACAUGAAGUUUUAUUGCCCAGUGGGCAGCGAGCUGGGUUCCUCAUCGGGGAUGGCGCUGGAGUUGGAAAGGGCAGGACGGUUGCGGGCAUCAUAUUUGAAAAUUAUCUUAAAGGGAGGAAAAAAGCUCUGUGGUUCAGCGUCUCCAAUGAUCUCAAGUAUGAUGCUGAGAGAGACCUGAAGGACAUUGAAGCCUCCCACAUUCCUGUGCAUGCCUUGAAUAAGAUAAAAUACGGUGACACAGCUACCUCAGAAGGUGUCCUCUUUGCCACUUACUCCGCGCUGAUUGGUGAAAGCCAGGCAGGCGGGCAGCACAGGACACGCUUAAAACAGAUUCUGGACUGGUGCAGGGAAAACUUUGAUGGAGUUAUUGUGUUUGAUGAAUGCCACAAAGCUAAAAAUGCCAGCUCUACUAAAAUGGGCAAAGCAGUGCUGGACCUCCAGAACAAGCUGCCUCAAGCAAGGGUUGUUUAUGCCAGUGCCACAGGUGCCUCUGAGCCAAAAAACAUGAUUUACAUGAGCCGUCUGGGGAUCUGGGGUGAAGGCACCCCUUUCAGAGCAUUUGAUGAGUUCCUGCAUGCUAUUGAAAAGAGGGGAGUUGGUGCAAUGGAGAUCGUGGCAAUGGACAUGAAGGUCAGCGGAAUGUACAUUGCCAGGCAGCUCAGUUUCACUGGAGUGACCUUCCGAAUUGAGGAGAUUCCACUGGACCAGCAGUACAAGAUUGUCUACGACAAGGCAGCCAAGUUGUGGGCAGAGGCCUUGAUGGUGUUCCAGCAGGCAGCCGACUGGAUUGGUUUGGAGUCUCGGAAAUCCUUGUGGGGUCAGUUCUGGUCAGCUCACCAGCGCUUCUUCAAGUAUCUCUGCAUUGCUGCUAAAGUCCGGCGCCUCGUCGAGCUGGCCAAGGAGGAGCUGGCAAAGGACAAGUGUAUUGUCAUCGGCCUGCAGUCCACUGGGGAGGCUCGCACCAGAGAAGUCCUGGACGAGAACGAUGGGCACCUCAAUUGUUUUGUCUCUGCCGCAGAAGGCGUCUUUCUAUCACUAAUUCAGAAGCACUUUCCUUCAACCAAAAGAAAGAGAGAAAAAGGAACUGGCAUUAAAAGAAAACGGAGGCCGAGGGGCCGCUGUGCCAAGGCUCUGAAGGGCCUGUGUGACCCUGCGGGCGUGAUCAAGAUCAGCGAUGACAGCAGCACCGACUCCGACAUGGGCCUCGACAGUGACUUCAACUCCUCCCCGGAGUCCCUGUUUGAGACGGACGAUGUCAUCUUUGUUGAGCAAACCUACAAUGGCUUCACAGCUGAGGACAGAAAUAAUUUUCACAUGCUGCCUUCCCAGAAAGAGGUGCAUGGCCUGAGAGAAUUCGAACACGUAGAAAAGAUGAAGCAGGACCUCCUAGCAAAAGUAAAAGCACUGGGCAAAGAGCUACCUCUCAAUACCUUGGAUGAACUGAUCAAUCACUUUGGAGGUCCAGAGCACGUGGCUGAGAUGACAGGACGGAAGGGCCGGGUGGUUUGCAGACCGGACGGCUCUGUCAUGUUUGAGUCUCGUGCAGAGCAAGGCCUCUCCAUAGACCACGUCAACCUGAAGGAGAAGGAACGUUUCAUGAAAGGGGAAAAGCUUGUAGCAAUAAUCUCUGAAGCUUCCAGCUCAGGAAUCUCUCUCCAAGCAGACAGACGGGUGAAAAACCAGAAGCGCCGGGUCCACAUGACGCUGGAGUUGCCCUGGAGUGCAGACCGUGCCAUCCAGCAGUUUGGUCGAACACACCGAUCAAACCAGGUUUCUGCUCCAGAGUAUGUCUUCCUUAUCUCUGAGCUUGCCGGGGAGAGGAGGUUUGCAUCCAUUGUGGCAAAACGUCUGGAGAGCCUGGGUGCCUUAACCCAUGGAGACCGCCGGGCCACCGAAUCUCGAGACCUCAGCAAGUACAACUUUGAGAAUAAGUACGGGGCUAAAGCGCUCGACAGAGUCCUGUCCACCAUCCUCAACCACACGGAGAACAGAGUUCCUAUCCCCAAGAGCUAUGACAGAGGGGAGGCAGUGUUUUUCCAUGAAAUGAAGCAAGGUCUUAUCUCCGUGGGAAUCUGCUGCAAUCAUAUGAAGUAUGGAACUGUCUCCGUGGAGAAGGACUGUUCCAUCACCAAGUUCCUGAACCGCAUCCUGGGUCUGGAGGUGGACAAGCAGAACAUGCUCUUCCAGUAUUUUUCUGACACCUUUGACUAUCUGAUUGAAAAGGACAAGAAGGAGGGCAAAUACGACAUGGGCAUCCUAGAUUUAGCCCCAGGAGUGGAUGAGAUCUAUGAGGAGAGCAAGGAGGUCUUCCUGACUCCCGGGCACCCACAAGAUGGGCAGGUUGUGUUUUAUAAGAUCAGUGUCGACAGAGGCUUAAAGUGGGAGGAAGCUUAUGAGAAGUCUCUCCAAUUGACAGGAUCCUUUGAUGGGUUCUACCUCUCCUACAAGACACGAGGCUCUAAACACACAUGUCUGCUGGCAGAGCAGAGCCAUGGGAAGAAUUUCAUCCUCUAUAAGCCAAAUAUUGGGAGGCAAAGCCAGCCUGAGAACCUGGACAGUCUGCAGAAGAAGUAUCGACGGGUGCUGCCCGAGGAAGCCAAGGAGCACUGGGAGAGCAGUUAUGACUUCUCCUUGAAGAACUGUAACCAUGCUGUCUGGAACAGGAGCUGCAAACUGACCCAGGAGGGGAAGGAGUGCUUCCAGGGCAUGCGCUUGCGCCACUACUACAUGCUGUGUGGGGCCCUGCUGCGCGUCUGGAGCCGGAUUGCCAGCAUCAUGGCAAACAUCACCAACACAAGCUACCUGCAGAUCGUCCGCCUCAAGACCAAGGAGAAGAAGAAACAAGUUGGGAUAAAGAUCCCCGAGAGCUGUGUCUGUAAGGUGCUGGAGGAGCUGAAGCAGAUGGAUGAGAACGUGAAGCGAAAGCACAACCGGCUCCUUCAGGCCCAAGAGCAGAGCCCGCAGUUCUCGCUGCCGCUGCACAUCCUGCCACAGCCCCUGGAGCUCACUCAGACGGGGCCUGGCAUCUCCCUGCCCAGGCAUUCCCUGCGCCAGGAUGAGAUCCUGGACUUGACCUACAGCCCUCCCAGCAACAGCAUUCCUGAUGUGGUGAUGAACUUGGAGCCCGGUGCGUUGUGCUUCCCCUUGGAGCCUGUUGUCCAGACACACCAGCAGCAUGGAUUACCCUUUGGCUUCAGCCAGCCUUCUGCCUUCAAGAGCCCGGCCCCAGUCCUGGAGGGACCCAUGCCUCUGAGAUCCCCGUUGCAUGAACACCUUUCCCUGCCUCCCCCAGGACCCUUGCAGACACUGCAGCAACAGCAACAACAGGGAGAUUUUGUCCAACAGGAUGGGAAUAUCAAUUUUCGAGAGAUCCUGGAGGACAUGCUGAGGACGUUUAAUGGGCCCUCCCAGGAGAACAUGCUCCCACAAGAGCGCCAGAGCGUGAUCCAGUUCAGCGGGCCUUUCCCAGACUUCUGAAUGCCGGCUGAGUGUGCCAGGCGAUGCUUGGCUGCUGCGGAUCCAUAUCCUCUGAUGCAGAGGUGAGAGCUGGGGAGUCCCGGCUUUUUCACUGGUUUGGACUUGACACCUUUUCUGGUUUUGAGGGAAGAAAAGAAACCCCCAUAGUUCCUUAAAGCAAAGUUUAUUUAUAUAUAAUAUACAGUCAGGCAUGUAUAGAUCUGUAUGUAUCAUGCACUUCAGGAGAGGUGAGUGCUCGGUUCAGCUGAUCUGGACCGAUGGUCUCUGCUGUGUUUGAGUCCUGCUCAAAGGCCAGUGCCUGGGUAGGACUGAGGAAAGAAGUGUGCCCCCUCCUCUGUGCCUGUUCCCCUGCAGACUACUGAGUUCCCAAGCUGGGCCGUGCCUUCUCCAGCCUCCUGAGCCGGCUGACCAAACUCUGUCCACAUCAGCUGCUCCUCUCGGGCUGCCCCAGCCCUGUUGUGGACCUUUGGAGGCUGCUCUGGAGGAAUGGGGUGAAGGACAAGGGGAUGCUGUCUCUCAUCAGGAGCUGUUGAGCUUGAGUCCCUCUGUGCAGGCCUGAACAGGCGGAGCUGGGAGAGGCAAAACUGACUGUGCUUGCUUUGCCCUCCCUGGGAAGGGACUCGGACACCUUGGGGCUCCGCGGCAGAGGGCAGGAGCUGUCAGUGUUGCGGCAGAGCUUGUGGGUUUGGCAGAGCUCAGCCACACUGGGACUACGGGGAUGUUCCCUGGAGCAGAAGGGCCACGCGUCCCAUCAGCCUGUCCUGCACUUUAACCUUGCCAGGUCACUGUGGCCAUGCUUUGUCUGAAUCCCUGCUGUCGCAUGUCGUCCUUUACCCUCUCACCGUUCCUGCUCUGUAGGGCUUGUCCUUGGCUGGGCCACGGACACAGCCCCAUGUGUCUGGAUCCACAUCCCCAGCUCUGCCCACCUUGCAGAGCUCCCUGCUGAGCACUGGGGACAUGUGGAAUCGCUGCUCACGCUGCAAAUUCAACCCCUGAUACCAAAGAGCAAAGGUUUGCUUUGCAAAGCGCUGCCCCGCAGCCUGGAGCAGCUGGACCUUCUCCCAGGCAGCUUCCAUCCCUCUUCUGGAAGCACCGCCCCUCGGCAAAUCCCAGGGAAACUGCCUUCUCUUUUCUCUCUGCAAUAUAAGGAGUCUGGAAGGAAGCUGCCUGCUGCCAGGAGUGCUCCAGCCCUGGCAGCUCCUCCGCAAGCCUCCUGUCUGCUGUGUUUCCUCACGCUUGUCUUGAGUCAUUGAGGCAUUUCCUAGAAGUGGCAGCGGCAUGUUUUCAGGGGAAGCAUAUGAGGUGUUUCCUGGUUGGCCUUGCUCUUCCUUGGAGAGGACCUGGGGAAGGAGAUGCCUUUGCUGGGUUCCCCCUGUCCUGACAGGUCAGUCUUGAGGAUGCUGGAGCUUUGUAGUCCCUGCCUCCAGACCGAGAACCUUCAUCCCCCCACCGUGUGUUCUCCCUGAGGCUCAGGGAUGGCCGAGUGCCGUUUUUGCUGUUGGGAAGCGCUUGGGAUCAAUGUUAGGAAUGGCUGAGCACCCUGUUUGCUGCUGGAAAGCGCUCGGGAUCGGUGUCCAUGCUCCUGCCGAGAUGGGAGCUGCCUUCCCCAGUGCUUUAAGACCACGGCCCUGCCCCAUGCUGUGCACGAGUGGGCUCAGUUUUGAGGUUGCUCUGCUCCCUCCCCUUCAUUUUAGGGGCCUGUCCUUGCCCCCACGUGCCUUGCACUGUGCGCCCGGCCGGGGUCAGGCCAGCAACUGGGGACGCGUUUUGCUGCAUUCAAGGAAACCUCCUUACCUCAAAGUGAACACCAAAGCCCCGGGACCCUGCUGCUGCCCUGAGAGCUUUGUGCUUUCCCUGCAGCUCUGCUCCUGGCAGCCAUGCUCGCCUCUCGCCGCCUCUUCCUAGUCCUGGACAGAGCAAAGGCUCUCCCUUUCCCUGCAUCCCCCUCUAUUUAAAACACAUCCCAGCCCACACCACUCAUGGAGAAGCUGCAGUUUCUCCCGUCUCCUGGUUCAUUCACUUGUUCUCAGUAGGGAGAGAAAAGGACACCGGGAAAACCCAUUUCAGAGAGGCUUAAACUCAGGAAUAGCAAGGAGGAAAUCUCCUGCGAGCCCCCUCUGCCAGCCGCUUCUCCGUCGUCACCUGGAGCCUUACCCGCUGGCUUUGACAUUGAUAUUAAAAUAUAUGCAAUUCCCCUUCCCUGACCUCUGAAAAAACAGAGCGCAGCACCUUUGAGGAACCCUUCCCUGCCCUGAUCUUGUGUUUUUGUCAGGGUUAAUAAUAUGUAAUGAUAUCUUUUAACUAAAUUAUUACGCAGUUGUCCUACUGAUUGUCUGUAUUUUUAAAUGAGUCCCUUUUUUUGCUUCCCUGACACCUUUUUGUUAGCACUUUUUAAUCCGCUUGUCGUUUGCCUUUGGUUUUCUAUGUGUAUUUAUAAUUAAUUGAGAUGUAUAUAUGUAAAGAGAUUUUUUUUAGAAUAUGUGCCUUUGACUAAUAAUUCCUGGAUUUUCUACUUGCCUCAAAAGAUGGUUUUUCACUCUGCUCAGUAAAAAUGGAAAGGAAGACACAAACAAGAGUUCUCCAAGUC